CGCUCCGUUGACCACCAGAGCAGCAGGAUGGCCGAUCAGAGUAGGCAAAUAAAACUGGCUGCAGCUAAGAAAAAGCUGAAGGAAUUUCAACAGAAAAGCUCCCCUGCUACUGUAGGAGAAAAAGGAGGAGGAGCCAAGAAGAAGAGAAAGGUGAAGGGAUUGAGCCAGCUUGAUGCACCUUCACCAGACAGAAACUCUCCAGACAAUUUUGACAGUUUUCUAAAAGCACUUAGUCAAAGCAAUGGAGUAGUCCUCCCUCAUUAUGGCAACUGUCAGACCUUUGCUGAUGUGGAGGCUGUGGGGUCUUCAGUUCAGCUGCUGGAGGAGCCAAACAGCGAGCCUGAUUACAGCUCACCUGUGUCUAACCUCGCUAGCUCUAACGCUGCUACUAACUCUGAGUCUGUCGAUCACAACACUGACCUCCAGGACUACCCUGAUACCAAUGGAAAUGAGAAUUCAAUGAAGGAAAAUAGACCGCUGUCUUCCACGGAGAGCCUGCGACAGCUCUCACAGCAACUCAACGGCCUGGUCUCUGAGUCAUCUGCUGCAUAUGUAAAUGGAGAGAGUGCACCUUCUCUGAGUGAGAGAGAACUGGAGAGUCGAAACCAGGAGCUGGCAGCCGCCCUGGAGUCCAGCAACCUAACAAACUCUCAGCUCACUACCAAGCUAGACCAGCUGACACAGCAAUCUCAGGAGCUUACCGAUCAGCUACAAAAGGAGCGAAAAGAAUUUGAACAGAGAUUUUCAAAAGAGCAGGGGGCCAUGCGAGAGCAAUUACAGGUUCAUAUCCAGACCAUUGGCAUACUGGUAUCUGAGAAAUCUGAGCUACAGACAGCACUACAAUACACACAGCAGGCUGCACGGCAGAAAACAGCUGAUGCAGAGGAGCUAAAUAACCGUCUGCAGGCAACAAAGCAGAGAGUGUCAGAACUUGAAAGAACUCUCUCUUCUGUCUCAUCGCAGCAGAAACAGUUUGAAAAGCACAACAAAGAGCUUGAAAAGGAAAGAGACAAUCUGAGAUUGGAGGUGUUUAGACUAAACAAUUUGAGCGAGGAGUCAAAGCAGCAGAGCUCAGAGCUGUCAGAGCAGUUAAAACUGAGUACACAAGAUAACGCUGCAAUGAAGCUGGAGGUAGAAGACCUUCGCAAGAGGCUCGAGAUAGCUGACCUCAUGUUACAGCAGUGUUCGAGUCAGUCCGAUCCCACCAGUGCCAACCAGCAGGUUCAGUUACUGCUGGAAGAGAAGCAGCAGCUGGAGGCGCACAAUCACCAGCUUAUGGAAUCCAUUGCCCAGCUGAAGACAGAGAGGGAUUGUUAUGCAGAGCAGAUCCAGGAAGAAGGGCGUGUAUGGAAGGACAAAACUGAACAGUUGCUAACACAAGUUUCUUUGGUGGCAGAAGAGAGGGAUAGAAACAUUAACCGAGUGCAAGAACUGGAGGCCAGCAUUGCAGAAUUAAAAAAUGCUGCAGCAUUAUUGUCCCAGGAGAGAGAAGCUCAGGAUGGGACAGAGCCUCAGUCCUCAGGACCAUCAGAAAAUGAGGUGGCUUUGCAGGAGGCCCUUAACACCCUACAACAAGAGAAAGGUGCUAUUACUGCACAGUAUCAGGCUCAGCUGAGGGAUAACGAGCAGCUGAGCCGCCUGUGUGCAGAGCAGGAGACGCGUCUGGGGGAGUUGGAGCGUCAGGUGGAGAGCCAAACCCAGGAGGCUGAGGACCGCCGACGCAUGUUGGAGGAUGUUCAGUCAGACAAGGCCACUAUUAGCCGUGCUCUCACCCAGAACCGAACACUGAAGGACCAGCUGGCUGAGCUACAGAACGGUUUUGUCAAACUGACUAAUGAGAACAUGGAGUUGACCACAGCCAUCCAGUCAGAACAACAUGUGAAAAAGGAGCUGGCACGCAGAAUGGGUGAAUUGCAAGAGGAGCUGCACAACGUCAAGGAGCAGCUGGAGCUGAAAUUUACAGAAGCUCAAGGUCUGAUGGAGCAGAGGGACCAGGUGGUGGCUCACCUCCAGCAGUACUGUGCUGGCUACCAGACCCUGGCCUCAGAGAGGCAACAGCUCCACCAACAGUAUCUGCAGCAGAGUCAGCUAAUGGACCGGCUGCAGCACGAUGAAAGCCAUGGCCGUGCGCAGCUGGAGAUGAGUCACAGUCAGCUCAAACAAGCCCAGGAGCAUUUGGAACAGUUAGUCAGAGACAAUGAGCAGCUGAAGGCUGAGGUGAAAGAGCUGCUCAACAGCUCUGCUCUUAUGACAUCACCCAGAGACCAGGGAGAUGGUGUGGAAAGCCAGUCCCUGCAAGAAAGUCCAAAAAAGUCUUCCUCCAUAGUUAUUCCAGAGGAUUUUGAGAGCCAGAAAGAGAUGGAGGAUUUUAUUCGUGGAGCUCUGGCUCAGCUGGAGGCAGAGCGGGACGAGGUUAGAAGACAACUGGAGGAGGAGCGCAGGCUUCACAUAGCAGCCCGGCACCAGGCUGCUGUGACCCUCAGUCUUGAGCAGCAGCACCACAGCCAAACACCUGUUAAUGACCACGAGCACGAUCAUGACCACAGACAGGGCCAGCACAGUCACUGUGAACACAGCCAUGAGCAUUCAGAAGGAGGAGUGCCGGUGGAAGUCCAUCAGGCCCUGCAAGCUGCAAUGGAGAAGCUGCAACAGCGUUUCACAUCCCUCAUGCAAGAGAAAGCAGACCUGAAGGAGAGGGUGGAGGAACUGGAGCACCGCUGCAUCCAGUUGUCUGGAGAGACUGACACUAUUGGGGAGUAUAUAGCCCUAUACCAGAGUCAGCGGGCUAUUAUGAAACAGAAGCAUCAGGAGAAAGAACAAUACAUCAGCAUGCUGGCCCAAGACAAGGAAGAGAUGAAGGCAAAGCUGGCUGAGCUGCAGGAUCUUGUGAUGAGGCUGGUAGCUGAGAGGAAUGAGUGGUACAACCGCUACACUGGAGCUGUAGCCAGCAUGGGCACAGUAAACCCUGACCUGCUUCCUGUUGGACAGGAUCACACUCACCCAGACCACCAAGCACACGCGCACACAGAGCUUAAUGCGGUCACUGGAGCAGAAGCAAUGGAGGUGAUCCCUCUGUCAGAACCUGCUACUGGGCUGGAAGCUUCCUCACCCCAGACACUGUUGCCUGGGUCUGGUCAGACUGACUCCAAGCUCCUGGUGCCCAAAGAGGAUGGCACAGCCCAGCAAAUCAUGCAGCUCCUUCAGGAGAUCCAGAACCCCCAAGGAGCUCAAAGAUCACCCCCUUUUCUGGGAGAGAAUCCCUGCAUCCCCUUCUUUUACCGGCCUGACGAACAGGAUGAAGUAAAGAUCCUGGUGGUGUGAGGUGUGUGUGUGUGUGUGUGUGUGUGUGUGUGUGUGAGUCACUACGUGUGUGUGUGUGUGUGUGUGUGUGUGUGUGUGUGUGUGUGUGUGUGUGUGUGUGUGUGUGUGUGUAUACAUGAGAAAUACUGGACUUGUCUUGAAGUCUAGGAAAUAUUAAACCCUACAGUUUACCACGUUUGUAGCUUACUGGUGAUCUUCUCAAACACUUCAUAAUAUCUGGAACCUUACAUGACUGGUCAAGGAUGUAAGAAUGUCUUUGACUCAGUUAAAACGCCCCCUCUUUAUUCUGUGUGUUGGCACUACUGUGUGUGAGGUUAAAAUGAGAAGAUUUUGUUUUAUUGUUUUUUUUUUUGUUUGUUUUUGUUUGUCUCUGAUGCUCUUCCCAGUGAGGAGGUGGUCAGUAUUCCUAAAUGCAAUUUGAUUAUUCUUCUCACCUCAAUUUUGAAUUCCCAUCUCUCACACAUGUGCAAUAAAGGGGCCGUGUAUUCUGUCCCCUCGAGUGCUGAAAGAGCUGUCAAGUAUUAGGAGCCUGUUUUGUGUGCAACUUUAUUCAAGUGCAAAUCUCAGUUUUAAUCCACUGUUCACAUGCCAAAAAAAAGAGAGAGAGAGAGAGCGCAUCGUGUUUGAAUGUAAUAACCCCAAUAUUAACCUGUAUGUGUGUUUAAUGUGAAGUGAGGAGAAGGAUGCAGAAAGAGCAUAUCAGGUUGGGUAACUAAUGAAUGCAGAGUGAGAUGUAAGGUGAAGUUAAGUCAAUUAAGGGGCUUAGUGCACAUAAAAGCUUUUAAACUGUAGGUGGUGUUCAGUUUUGAAGUCAAGAGCUCGCUAUGUUACAUAAUUCAGGAAGAUGGAGGCGGAUGUUGCUGAUUGGUACUGUUCUUUUUCUUCCAGACACUGAAAAUAAGUCAUGUUUGUAUGUUGCAAAAUGUUAAUGUUUAUGAUUUUUUUUUUUCUCCUUAUGUUGAGAAACAUCCUGUUAGACUGAAAAGUAAUCACCUUUACAAUCUGGUGGUUAACCUGAUUAAUCAAGGAUAUAGAUGCAGUUGAGAGACCCCAUGAAGUUAAAAAAAAAAUUACUCAGUUAUAAAGGCAUUGAAUUAGUCUCCUCCAAGCUGUCCUUCAGAUAAAUAUUAGAGGUUGGGCUACUGUGCUGCUGUUGGCUGCUUUCCACAUUAUUUCUGCAAGUUGUCCUACUUCAUCUUUGCAGUUAUUGUAAUUUUUGGAGAAGUUAUUUAUAGUUUAAUGGCUAUACCUGCAGCUACACAUUCUUUACUCCUCAAAUCGGGCAAUCCGGUGCUCUGGGGUAUUUGGAUGAUCACAUCAGACUCAGUCCACAUUCCUGUCACUCAUUUCACAAAACCUUUUUUUUUUCUUUUUUUUCCUUAUCCAUACCAUCCCUUUUCUUUCACAGGGUCUUUAAAUUUCCAGACACAUUGACACUAAAAACGUGAGCCUGUCCUUCUGUUACGUUUGCUUGUAGUUCUACAUAUCAAUGAUGAAUUGAUGCACAUCUUUAACAACUGGACUGUGUGAAUGUGUUUGUGGGGAGGGUAUGUGUGUAUGCAUGAAAUCCAAACGGUUUCCUCCUCAGCCAAAAUUGCAUUUGUUGUACUUUUUUUUUGUUGUUGUUUUUGUUUUUUUUGUAGAGUUCUAUCAGAUAAUAUAAGUAUGAUUGCACUAAAACUGUACACAGCUUCUCAUUUAUCCCUGUCUGCUCCAGCUGCUGGUCGGACAGACAUGUUUCUAACACAGCCUCUUCUUCGGAAAGAGAGAGGAUCCUAUGAAGCUUCAUGUUUAAUGCUGAGGAUUCUGUUAAAUUGAAAUAAAAGUUUGCUGAUGGAGGAUGGACAUGGUGUGCAGUGACACAGUCUAGAUUAAAUGAAUGAGAGACGGUGGUUAAAUUAUUUCUGCAGGUAAGGGACCAUUUAGAUCUUGAGAAAAUGAACUGUCUUUAGAAAACGAGAGCAAAGCAAGUGUAAUUUGUUAUAGUUUGUAGUUGCAUUGGCUAUGAAACACUUGAAUAAAUCUCCUUUGGGCAUUAAAAGUCAGACUUUAGGGAAGACUCCCAACAUCAGGGAUGAAAUAAGGUUUUCUGACAGGGGUCUAGCUUUAAGAGUGAUUGACUUAAGUGUGGAAUUGUAUUCAUUAAUAGCUAAUAAGUCAAGCUACCCUGGCUGAAUUUUUUAUUUUUUUUUUUCUUCCCAUUUAGAUCAAAUCUAGGCAACAUGUCUUUUUUUUGUCUUAUUUACCUUCUUUUAAUACACAAGGAAAUGGGAGUCACUGCAAGGACAGGUUUAAACAAAAAAGGACUUUGCAGAGAUUUUUACACUCAUAUUUGAAUGUGUCUGAAUUUUGAGACCCUCUUUGUGCUUUUGAAGGGCACAUUUAUUAAAUGAAUUGUGCACUUGCUAUAUCGCUAAAAUAUAUAGGGUGUAGAAAGCAGUUUGUUAUUUUAAGCAUAUUAUAGAAAGCAAAAUGAAAGUAUGUCAUAUGUAAUUGGUGUUGUUUACAGAGAAGGUAAACAGCAUCUUCCCUGAACUUCAGCACUUUGGCAGAAAGAGCAGUUUUUUUUUUUUUUUGGUAAAUUUACUCUGUCAUUCUUAACUUUAAAAUACCCUCAGUUACUUUUUUUUUUUUUUGCUGUUAGCCGCGGGUCAGAGCAAGAGCUAAAUCUACAUUAACCAUCUUUUUGGUUUUUCAGGGGUUUUCCGGGGCUUGUAAAAUAAUACGGCUGUGUGGAUUUCUGAGGUUUUCUAAUUCCCUUUCAAAUGUGUGAUUGAAACAUGGCAAUGAGGAAGAAUUUCUUGUCUCUACUGUAUAAGAGGUGGUGUACAUAUUGUACCUGUGUAACAUAUUGUAUAUUCAUUAUGCCUGGGGUGUGGGGGCGGGAGGCUGCUCUGUCAGCGUGUCUUGUAUGCGUGUUAGUUGGUGGUUACUGACCAGCUGUGAUUCAAGACAAAGAUUGACAAAGAGAAAAUAUUUUAUUUAUUUGAAAUAAGUUAGAAUCUCAACUAAUCAGUUUUAAUGUAUAUUAGAAGUGACUGUAGGAUGGAAAUGAAGGAUCAUGGAGAGAACUGAUUUGUCUGAGUGCUGCUUCAGACAGAAGCCUUCUGAUUUUUUUUUUUUUCCCAUUUGAGUAAUAUUUGUCCCCUUCUCCUGAAUAAAGCUGAUUGAGAAACAGUA